GAAUAGAACCUUCGCUACUGCGCAGGCGCCAUGUGACUCAUGGUUGGCAGGAAACAGGUCGCCUAUUGGUCGGUCUGGGGAGGCCAGCGAUUGGCAGGAAGACUCGUCGGGGCGGUCCGUUCAAAACAAAGAGGAAGAGUACCCGGUAAACGUGCAAAAGCCUCGCAGCGAAGUUCCGCCUCCACUUCCGGGAUCGAACAGAACCGAAGCGCCUCAUUGAUUCGGCCGCGGGCAGGCUCGCAAUCCAGAAGGCAGGAAGGAGGCGCCGCCCGAGAGGAGAGGAGGCCCCAUGUAAUACCUCCGGGAGGAGACGGCGUGGAAGACCUGGAAGGGAUGAGCCAAAGGGGAUCCCGCGAAAGGAGGCCGCCUGGAUGGAGAAGCGGGAAGCAGAACACCGGCAGAGAUCCCGACACGAGCCUGGAGGUCAGAAGAGGCGGAAGACUCAGGGAUCCCCAGAUAAUCCAGGAGGGAGGAAAGAAACAUAAAUGCCCGGAAUGUGGAAGAUCCUUCAAAACAAAAGGAAGUCUGGAAAUGCAUCUAAGAAUCCACACAGGAGAAAAACCAUAUGGAUGCCCAGAGUGUGGAAAGAGCUUCAGUCAGAGGGGAAACCUUUGUAAACACCAAAGGAUCCACACUGGAGAGAAACCACAUAAAUGCAUGGAGUGUGGAAAGAGGUUCAGUCAGAGUAGCAGCCUUUAUACACACCAAAGAAUCCACACUGGAGAAAAACCAUAUAAAUGCCUGGAAUGCGGAAAGCGUUUCAGUGUAAGGGGACACCUUUAUACACAUCAAAUGAUCCACUCAGGAGAGAAACCGCAUAAAUGCAUGGAGUGUGGAAAGUGCUUCAGUCUGAGAGGAAACCUUUAUACACAUCAAAGGAUCCACUCAGGAGAGAAACCGCAUAAAUGCAUGGAGUGUGGAAAGAGCUUCAGUCAGAGGAGCAACCUUUACGUACAUCAAAGGAUCCACUCAGGAGAAAAACCGUAUCAAUGCCUGGAGUGUGGAAAGAGUUUCAAUCAGAGCAGCGGUCUUUAUAAACAUCAAAGAAUCCACUCAGGAGAGAAUCAGCAUAAAUGCCUAGAGUGUGGAGAGAGCUUCCCUCGGAGCAGCACCCUUUAUGUACAUCAAAGGAUCCAUUCUGCAGAAAAACCAUAUAAAUGCCUGCAGUGUGGAAAGCACUUCAAUGUGAGGGGAAACCUUUAUACACAUCAAAGAAUCCACACAGGAGAAAGACCACAUAAAUGUCUGGAGUGUGGAAAGAGAUUCAGUCAGAGGAGUAGCCUUUAUACACAUCAAAGGAUCCACUCAGGAGAAAAACCACAUAAAUGCCUGGAGUGUGGAAAGAGAUUCAGUCGGAGGGGACAUCUUCAUACACAUCAAAGGAUCCACACAGGAGAAAAACCAUAUAAAUGCCUGGAGUGUGGAAAGAGCUUCAGUCAGAGGAGCAGCCUUUAUGUACAUCAAAGAAUCCAUUCAGGAGAGAAACCGUAUGAAUGCCUGGAGUGUGGAAAGAGCUUCAGUCAGAGGAGCAACCUUUAUACACAUCAAAGAAUCCACUCAGGAGAGAAACCUUUUAAAUGCCUGGACUGUGGAAAGAGCUUCAGUCAGAGGGGACACAUUUAUACACAUCAAAGAAUCCAGUCAGGAGAGAGACAAUAUAAAUGCAUGGAGUGUGGCAAGCGCUUCAAUCUGAAGACCACACUUUAUACACAUCAAAGGAUCCACUCAGGAGAAAAACCACAUAAAUGUCUGGAGUGUGGAAAGAGCUUCAUUCAGAGGGGAAACCUUUAUACACAUCAAAGGAUCCACUCAGGAGAAAAACCACAUAAAUGCCUGGAGUGUGGAAAGAGCUUCAAUGGGAGGGGAAACCUUUAUACACAUCAAAGGAUUCACACAGGAGAAAAACCUUACAAAUGUCUGGAGUGUGGAAAGAGCUUCAGUCAGAGGAGCAGCCUUAACGUACAUCAAAGAAUCCAUUCAGGAGAGAAACCGUAUGAAUGCCUGGAGUGUGGAAAGAGGUUCAGUUUUCAAGGAAACCUUUAUGCACAUCAAAGAAUCCACUCAAGAGAGAAACAGUAUAAAUGCCUGGAGUGUGGAAAGAGCUUCAGUCAGAGGGGAGACCUUUAUAUACAUGAAAGAAUUCACCCUGGAAAAAAACCAUAUAAAUGCCUGGAGUGUGGAAAGCCCUUCAGUCAGAGGAAAAGCCUUUCUAAUCAUCAAAGGGUUCACAAUAGAGAAAAAGAGUAUAAAUGCCUGGAGUGUGAAAAGAGCUUCAGUCAAAGGGGACACCUUUAUAGACAUCAAAGGAUCCACUCAGGAGAAAAAGCACAUAAAUGUCUGGAGUGUGGAAAGAGCUUCAAUGGGAGGGGAAACCUUUAUACACAUCAAAGGAUCCACACAGGAGAAAAACCUUAUAAAUGUGUGGAGUGUGGGAAGAGCUUCAGUCAGAGGAGCAACCUUUACGUACAUCAAAGAAUCCAUUCAGGAGAGAAACCGCAUAAAUGCUUGGAGUGUGGAAAGAGCUUCAGUCAGGGGGGACACCUUCAUAGACAUCAAAGAAUCCACAUAAGCAGAGAAACCCUAUAAAUGCCAAUUUAGCUUGGAAACAUUGCAGUUACCUUUUUAAAAAAAUAACGGCUGCUAGCCAGCUCAAGCAUCUUCAGCUAGCAAAAGCAAAAAACGGAGCUGGCUUGGCACUUGUUUGGCCAUGUGGCCAUGGACA